GACCUAUGCUAAUGCCGCUCCUCUGGCAGGAGGCAGAGCGCCGCCUCGCCUGCCCAGUCGGCCGGGGAGCCUGGGGCGCUUGGCCGGCGGGGGCCAUGCCUGGGCUUCUGUGAGCCCUUCGUGCAGGCAGCGGCGGGGCAAGACACGCGCCUCGCAGGAUGGAGGUCAACGACUCGGGCAGCGUGGUGCUCACAGCCUACCACUCGUACACUCCCUCCCGAGGGGAGCAGGGCUGCGCGCCGGAGGUCCCUCCGAGCCGGUCGCUCCUCAGAAAAUCCCUUCCUCGAUGCCAAAGAAUUAACAGAAUGCUCUCCAAUGAAUCUUUACAUCCUCCUACAUACAGCCGUUCCAAUUCCCAAGCCUCUGUUGAUAGCACUUCCAUGGAAGAUUUCUGGUGUGAGGUGGAAAAUAUCAAAGAAAGCACUGAGGACAGACAAGAUGACCAAACUCUGUUAGAAGUCAAGCCUCCUGAUGAAGGGGAACUGGAAGCUGAAUGGCUGCAUGAUGUAGGCCUGUCUACGCUAAUAUCAGGGUCUGAAGAGGAGGAUGGAGAAGCAUUGCUUUCUACUCUGACCCGAACACAAGCAGCUGCAGUACAAAAACGAUACAACACCUACACUCAAACUAUGAGAAAGAAGAAUAAACACCAAGUUAGAGAUGUACGAGACAUCUUUGGGGUCAGUGACAAUUCUCCCACUUUUGAGGCCAUUCGUGUAUCACCAGUGACUAAUGGUAUCCAGCUUCCUGUGCACAAACCAGCUACUAGCUGUCUAGAAUAUGAAUUCGAGAAGGACAACCGAUCAGUGACUGAAGAACUAUCCUUUGAGGUCUCUUUCUCAGAAUCCAUCACAGUGAUUCCAAAGCACAGAGAAUGGCACAGCAAUCAGAGUUUUAAAAAGGAGGAGUCUGCUUUGCCGAACUUUAUGAUUAGGAAAAGCCGAUUUGGACUGACGGAAGUUGGAGAUUUGUCUCUUGAUGACAUGAAGAAAAUUCGCUAUUUGUCUCUGAUUGAGUUAACAGCCUUCUACGAUGCUUUAGGCAUUGAGCUAAAGAGGAACAGAACAGAAAGAGUUAAAGGACGUGAAAAUGGCCUUUUUGGAGUUCCCCUAACAAUACUGCUGGAAAGUGAUCAGAAAAAGAUUCCUGGAAUAAAAGUUCCUCUCAUCUUUCAGAAACUGUUGCUGAAGCUUGAGGAAACUGGUCUGGAAACAGAAGGGAUUCUUCGAGUGCCUGGAUCUGCCUCAAGAGUUAAGAGUCUUCGCCAGGAAAUUGAGGCAAAAUUUGAAGAAGAUACAUUUGACUGGGAUCAGGUACGCAACAAUGAUGCUGCAGGACUCCUGAAGAUGUUUAUACGGGAACUUCCAAGCCCCCUCUUCACUGUGGAAUACCUCCCUGCCUUCAUCACAUUAGUGGAAAACCAAGAGCACUGCAGCCCCCUAAUCAGCUUGGUUAAGAGGCAAGGAACAAAGUUGGGAAUGAGAGGGUUUUUCAGCAAGUAUGAACUUGCUGAAGCUUGGACUUUCCAGCAGGCUGCCAGUUCCAUUUUCACCUUCCAAGUCCUUCUGCAGUUCUUGAAGAAGGUGGUUACAAAUGAAGGGAAAAACAAAAUGACUCUGUGGAAUGUUUCCAUGAUUGUUGCCCCAAACCUCUUCGUCUACAAAGGCAAACGUGCAAACCAAGAAGAGAUGCUGGCAGCAGCCACCACAGCACGUAUUGUGAGACUUUUAAUUAAAUACCAGGAUAUCCUGUGGAUGGUUCCAAAUUUUCUGAUUUCUCAGGUGAGGAAGAUGAAUGAGGCUGCAAUGAACAAUACUAAGAGGCAGCUGAUGUUUGACAAGGGUGUGCGAAGGCUGCUGAGAAGAAAAACUAUGGAAAGGGAGCGGCCAGAAAGAACAGAGUCUGACAUACCUGAGGGGGUCAUAAGAGUUCAUGCUCCAUUGCAUUCAAAAGUUUCUAUGGCAAUACAGCUGAACAAUCAAACAAAAGUCAAAGAUAUUCUGGCACGAUUUUAUUGUGAAAACAGCCAUGAACCAUCAGAGAACAUGAAAUUGCAGGUCCAAAGUUUACAUGAGAUUGGAGGAAAUAUAGGACAACACUGUUUGGACCCAGAUGCUUUUAUGUUAGAUGUUUACCAUGCAAAUCCUCAAGCAGAGUGGGUGAUUAAACCAAAAAUAAGUUGAAACUUGCAAA